AUGGCCAAGGAAGAGGUUGAUAACUACGACGCCAGAUUGCCGGUUGUGUUGCCGUUCUCUCAUCCGCUUGCGUCUAAAAAGCUGAACAAGAAGGUGUUGAAGACAAUCAAGAAGGCGUCCAAGGCCAAGAUCGCCAAGCGCGGAGUCAAAGAAGUCGUCAAAUCUUUGCGUAAAGGCGACAAGGGCCUUGUAAUUAUUGCUGGCGACAUCUGGCCUGCCGACGUUAUUUCUCAUAUCCCCGUUCUGUGCGAGGACAACAAGGUCCCUUAUGUUUUUGUUCCCUCCAAGGAGGAUCUGGGCCAUGCUGGAUCAACCAAGCGUCCCACCUCUUGUGUGAUGGUUACCCCCGGUGGAGCUCAAAUUAAAGACAAAGAGAAGCUUGAGGAUUUCCAGAAGAGCUAUGACGAGAUCGUUAAGGAGGUCGAAGCUUCUGCUUAA